AUGCCUGUUGCUCUCCUCAUCCUGAUCUUCCUCACAGAUGGGGCGUCCCCUAAAAAAGCGUGCAGUUACCAGGACGUCCUGGACUACCUGAACCUGACCACAGACAAUGGCGUGUAUAAACUGACCCGACCCGUUCUGGACCACACACACCUCACUGUGGUGGAGCUGGACAUCAUCCUCUACGCCAUCCUGGCUGUGAUUGAGAAAACACAGACUUUCAUUCCUUUUGUCUGGGCAACAAUGAUGUGGAACAAUGAACGCAUCUCAUGGGACCCUUCUCAGUUUUGUGGAAUCAAGCAGGUUUCAGUUCCUAGAGACAUGCUCUGGCAACCGGACCUCUUCGUCUAUGAGAUGAUAGAGAAAGACGACUCCCCCCAGAAUCCAUACAUAUUUAUAUCCUACAACGGGAUGGUCACUUCUGAAGAGGACGUGAAGGUGGUCAGCACCUGCAAAAUGGACGUCCACAAGUUCCCCUUCGACACGCAGAAAUGCAACAUCUCCAUUGGUUCUGCAAUACACAGUGUCGAUGAAAUUCAUCUCCUUCCUUUCUCCAACUCAUCUCGAGCCACUCAGUUUUCCCGAGAGGUGAUGAAGACUCAGGGAGACUGGGAGUUCCUUCAGCUGUCUGUCAACAGCAACAAUUUCACCCAUGAAAACAAACAGUGGGAUCAGCUCAUAUACACUUUCACCAUGAAGAGGAGGCCGCUCCUCCACGUAAUCAACUUCCUGUUGCCAAUCCUGUUCUUCUUGACUCUGGAUGUCGCCUCCUUCUUCAUCUCAGACCACCGUGGAGAGAAGCUGGGCUUCAAGGUCACGGUGCUGCUGGCCAUCUCCGUCCUGCUGCUCAUCCUCAAUGACAUCCUGCCUUCCAUGUCCAACAAGACUCCUCUCAUAGCAACCUACUGCAUUGUGAUUUUUGCUCUGAUGCUGCUCAGUCUGCUGGAGACGAUCUUUGUUACGUAUCUGAUGGAAGUAGACUCAGCCUCCCAGGAGAAGCUCAAGCUGGAGGAUGACAGGGAGGACGAGCAGGAAAAAGGCAAAAUCAAUAACUCUAACACAGAGAAGAAAAGACAAACCCGCUGUUCGUGCAUCUGCAAAGUAUCCGACGGUGAGAAACAGCAUGAAGUGCUGCCUCUGUCUGAAGAGGUUAACAAAAGCAUUCAGUCACAAGAGACUCACGUAUUGCUGUUGAUCCUGGAGGAGCUGAAGGAGCUGCAGAGAACUCUGAAUCUGCACCUCAGUUCCAAUGAGGAGGGGGUGAAGUACAUCCACUGGGCCAAAAGAGUCAACAGAGGUUUCCUAAUUUUCUACAUCACCAGUGUGAUUCUGUUUCUGUCUCUCAUCUUCAACGAAUGGAACAGUUAGAAAUACAUUACAGACCUUAUAAUACCUCAGUUUCUGUGUUGUAUUCCCUCUGUAUGAAAAUAUAGUUUGUUAAUGUAUUCGGUGGAAUCAGUCAGUUCUCUGCGUCCAUUUAUUUUCCACUUUGUAAACAAGGUCAACACAUAUAAACAAGGCCUACACUGUAAAAAAAAUUGUCGACAGAAUCUGUAUUUGUCUUGGUGUGAGUUGACUUUAUGUGGUUUCAGCUGGGAUAACUUCCUCACUGACUGU